CUGGCUGUCACUAUUCAAGAUGGCGAAAGCCAGCUUGCAGUCGUAGAGUUCAAUGAAUUUUUUAAUUUUUUACAAUUUUAAUUUUAUUUUAGAGAAACAAAAUCUGUCAAAUUUCAAUGUCGUGAUAUUAAUUUAGUGUCCAAGCAUUCGAAGUGUUAAUCAACCAAAUAGCCAACUCUAAUUAAUGAGAAAAUCGACCCAAAAAUAAUAAAACUAAAACUAUUUACCUGUCAAAAUUGAAGAAUUUGAAAAUACCUCUUUAUUCCUAGAAUUGCUCAGACACCCAGGUAAAUUUUAUAGAAACUAAUAGCAAUAGUAUUACAUAUCUGAAGAAGUAAACUUCUUCCUGAAACACAUAAAUAAUGGAAGCUAUGCAAUAUGAAAUGGCUCGCAAUAUGACUCUAUUAUUCUUUUUUGAACGAUUGUUGGACAAAGGAGAGCCUAGGACUCUACACGACUUGAGUUGCCAAUUCGGCUCAAAGGGUUUUACGAAAGAGAUGAGGCAGAUUGCUGGUGGUAGUCAAAGUGGGCUCAAGAAAUUUUUGACACAGUACCCUUCCCUAUUUUGUAUGGAUGGUGACUAUGUUACUGUUAACACUUUCCAAACUUGCAGCAGCAGAGAUAGUCCAGGAAAGGACUAUACGACACAGGCCGUUGAAUAUUUUUCAGAAAAACUCGCACAAUACGGCGAGGGAACCGAAGUGCCCAUUCGAAGCCUUUUGGGACACAGGUCUCAAGCUAGUCCCGAAGUUCGCCACGUAUCCGGACAACAUUUUCACGAAUUCAGGGAAUUUCUCAUGAAACAUCCCGAAACUUUUAACGUAGACGACGAAAAAGAGAGUGUAAUUUUAGCCAAUUUCGAAUCUGUAAAAAGCCAUUGUCCUCCCGAAUUGCAUUUCCAACCUGACGUUCAGAUCGAUCCUCAAGAGACUCAGGCGUUGUUAGAUUUUCUGGCUCAAUGUAUCGUGGUAAAGGGCCCGAUAUUAGUAGAACAACUCUUCCAAAUAGUCAGCUGCAAUCUUCCGGAGAGCAUGUGGACGAACCUCUUCAACACGCCGACUCAGCUAACUAGUUUUCUGAGACUGUUUUCUGACAGCUUCCAUAUCCAGUCCAACCUCGUGACGUUGAUUCAGCCACCAAAAAUUAGCCAAAAGCAUAUGUCUGCGCAAGUGACUCUGAUGAAAGAGUACAAGAAGAGUAACGAAGAGUUGAAAAAUGCCAAAAAUUUGUCGAUUGACGUUGGGAAUAAUAUUAUGGAAAAAGUGGAGAAAACGGAGAAAGUGGAAAGAAGAGAAAAAUCGUCUCCGUCUCCUCCAGUAGAAAAACCCGCUCAGUUGUCUCCAAGGUCUCUUAGUGACAGAUUAAAACAUCCAAAAAUACAAGCAAAGUCGAUGAGCCCUGAACCUCCGGUUUCUCCUGUGCAACCUGUACAACCUGUUCAACCUACAGUUUCACAAACGGACGAUAGAAGUAGAGUUAAUUUUAGAUUAGGUACUCCAGUAAGACAAAAUUCUCAAAGUUCCCAAAACUCCCAAGAUAGCCAGGAUGAAAGAAUUAUAUCGCAACAGCCGAACGCUACUUUCCAGAAACCUCCAGUCAAACCAAAUUCCACGUAUAACCAAAGCUUAAAACAACGUAUCAAUAAUCUAGUACUGAAGACUCUACAAGAAAACACUGGUAGAGAACAACGGCAAGGCAUGAUGAACCAACAUAUCACGCACACCGAUAGCUGGAAAACGAAACUCUUUCAGAAUACUAGAGUAAUUUGUACACCCCGUGAAUGUAAAUUGGUCAUCGAUGAUAUAAUCAGUAAAGCAGAACGAACAAGACCCAACUCAUCCUGGCCGUUCACACCGGAGAACGUGGUCGUAGCUUUCGAUUGCGAAGGAAUAAAUUUAGGAGUAAAGGGCCAACUCACUCUGAUGCAAAUAGCGACUAUGAGCGGAUUUUGUUACGUUUUCGAUCUGAUUUCUUGUCCCGAGAUGAUAGAAUACGGACUUAGGCGGUUGUUAGAAUCUGCCACUGUUAUCAAGGUUGUCCACGACUGCAGGAACGAUUCAGUGAAUCUCUUCAAUCAGUACAACAUAACAAUGCGUAUGGUGUUCGAUACGCAAGCUGCCCAUGCCAUUUUGACAUAUCAAGACACCAAGAGACCUGUUUAUAAAGCCAAAAGUAUAGCAUUAAAUGCACUGUGCGAGUGUUAUGGAGCUCCAAUAAAUCCGAUGAAAGAUCAACUAAAAAGUAUAUAUAGGAGAGAUCAAAAAUAUUGGUCGAGGCGACCUCUGAGCAGAGAAAUGGUCAUGUAUGCUUCUGCAGAUGUACUAAGCCUAACGAACGAGAAAAUUUAUUAUCACAUGAGCAAAACUAUAAAGGAGGAGAAUCGGGGACUGAUGUUGGAACUCUGUGAAGAACAGAUUCAAAUGCAUAUCUAUCCAGAUGGAGUAAAAAUUAAGAAACGACAAAGGAAAACAGAGACUGAGGUGGCCGAACUGAGACUAAAAUUGGCCCAAGCUACGAAAAGUGUCGUUUUGAGUAACAGGGAAGUCCGUUUGUUGAGGUAUAUCGAACUAACAGACGAUGAAAAGGAGAAACUCAAAUCUUCCGCUAAAGUGGCCAAAAAAUUAGAAAAACUGGAAAGUCUAGGUCAAGAUCGCGACGGAGACAGUUCAGACGAAGACGGCGACAACGACCAAGACUAUCCCAGCUUGGACAGCGACCUGACUUCCCCUCGCAAUUCGGAACCCACUAGCCUAACGGAAUCGAUGCAAAUGGUCGAUUCGAUUCUGAGCGACGGCAAGCUCGAUCGAUUCGACAAAAUCGAGAAACUCGUUACGACGCUCAGCAACGCUGCCAUAUUGCAGAACGACACCGAGUCGGAAAAAUGCACUUGUAGUUGUCAUUGCAAACUCAAUAACGGGUAUAAGCAAGAACGGGUCGUUUCUCCUACUAACUCAUACGUUAGUAGCGUUACGGAUAACGAACCCGGUAUAGUUAAGGAGAAUCAUUCUAAUAUAGGCACUCAAACACUUAGCACGGGUGAUAUAGUCGUCACGAAGAUAUUUUUUAACGAAACUACGGAAUGAAGUAGACAGUGAGAUUAGGUUUCUUUUAAUUAUAUGGAAUGUUUUGUCCUAGGUAAAUUACUAAACUAUAGGUGGAGCUGGUGUUGGCAAUCAAAAUGAUCGAACAAGUAGUAAAGUUACUUGGUAAGUAACUCAAAGCUACUUUUUGUUGAUAUUUAAAUAGAUUGACGAGACACAAUGAGAUGCGAACGAUAUUGGUUUUUAGGUUAAAGCAAAAAUGGGACAGCUUUUAUAAUAAUUUGUACUAAUAAUCACCGUUACUAACAAGGAAAUCGAUUACCUAAUUUUAAAAACUUUGAUUUUGAUUAUUUAGGAUGCCAGGUUAGAUUUGAUACCAGUUAAGUUAUCCGCUGGGAAGGUUGACAUGGAGGGGAUAUGACAUGUCGCAUAGUGGCAUAAUUUAUAAGCCGUCCCCCAGGACGGCUAUAAAUUCAGUUCUUUUUCUGGACUAUAUUUUCUUACCUUAGUAAUGAAAUCCACCUCUUUUGUUCAACCAGAUCCUUUAGAAACACAAAUAAUUUACGUAUCCCUCUUUCACUAUAAUGUUUACAAUCCGGGGUAAAGCACAUUCAUUUUUAUUAUACAAAAUACAAUGGUUCACAAAAGUUCCCAACCUUUGCUUUGUGAAUAUCACUAAAAAACUAUAUUUCAUCGAAAUUUAAGACCGAAUUUUGGUGGUAUUAUCUUAAAAACACCCUUAAGCAGAAAAUACAGCAGAGAAAGCAAAAUUUUAACUUUUUAGGAAUUAAAAUGGCUUGAGAUUGGGCAAAUCCUGGCUUUUCAAGCUUUGUUUACAAAGUGAUAAUAACAAUGUGACAGUCUUGACGUCACACUUCGGCUAUCAGCCUUAAAAUCUCUUCGUAUUUUAUAGCAAAUACAUACUUAUAGUAAAUUUCUAAUAAUGUAUUGUAAUAAUGUAUGUAUGCAUUAUCACAAAAUUAAUAGUAAAAUUUUAAAUAAUCUCUCGUUUUUGUAAAUCACACAUAAAGCAUACACAUAAGAUCGUCCCCCGCGACGUCAGAGUGUACCACGUGACCUAUAAUCAUAGUUAACCCGGUGAUAUAUCCCGGCGGAUAUUAUAUUAUUCUCCUCUAGUUGUUUAUGUAUUGUUAUCAGUGAUUUUUCUAUUUUGCGAGAUUACACUGAUAGAAGAAUACAAGCAAUGUAUUACAAAGAAGCAAAUAUAAAACGGAGAAAAGUAAGUAGAAGAGAAAGAAGAAGAAACCCUUAAUCUAGUAUCCUUUGUAAUGCUCAUUCAGUAUUUCUUGAUAUUCCAAUUGUAUAAUUAAUUUAAAAGACUACAGGUCUUCUAAAUGUUUAAGUCUCUGUGUAUGCACUGAUUACUAGUCCGGUGUCAAGCACUACUCAAAUAGCUGACUAAAAUUCAAACACGAUGCCAACUGACAGGACCCCCAGGUCGUGGAGAACCCAUUUUUGUACAUCCUGACAGGCGCACUACUCUUAUUUGUAUGCAACAGUGAAAGUGUUGAUACAUUUGAUACAGUUCUUCCACUCGUAAGUUUUCUCAUGCGUCACAAUUCAUUUUCAAACAAGUUCAAUCAAAAAAUAAAGUGAAACGUACGUCUAUGUGUGGUAUUGAUACGUAGUACUGUCAGAGUGUCAGUGGUAAUAAUUAUAAAAUGUCUAUUUUCCCGUGAACAUAUUUUAAAAAGUUAAUUUAUUGAAGUGUUUAAUCUUUUUUCACUAUUGAGGAGAUUGAUGAACUCAACAUUAAACAGCUUGAACACCAUACAGACUAUUACGAAUCUAUAGAUAAAAUAUAGAACCAUAAUAAAUAAAGGACACCGCACACAUCUUAUGGAAAAUAUAAUGUCACUCAAAUGAAAUAAAAUUUACAUGAAUAGAUGCGUCCUGAAAUUUCAAUAAUUUGAUACCAUUGCGGCAACUCUGUAUUUUGAUUAACAAGAGCGUAAAUUGAUAAAAAAUAAAUCUAAAAUCAAAUAGGAAUGUACGUGUGUCAAAGAGAGAAAAAAGAUCUUGUGAUUCGCUUACUCCAUAAAUCUUUCUGAAGGAUCAAGGCAGAUGCUUACUCUUACCUUUUCCUAUUAUUAUUGAUAAUAAAGUAGGGAUAAUUUGGUUAGUUGUACCGCCUCUAAUCGGCUUAAAAUAGUGUUGAAUAGACUGUAUUCAAUAGCCACUAGACUAAUAUUAUUUAUGAAUGUCAGUUUUACGGACAUCAAAUGCGAUUUCGAUUAACUUUAAUUACAAUUAACGCCCUAAUUAAGCAAAAUCAGAGUUAGCGCAAUGGUAUCAAAUUAUUGAAAUUUCAGGACGCAUAUCUAUUCAUAUAAAUUUUAUUUCAUUUGAGUGACAUUAUAUUUUCCAUAAGAUGUGUGCGGUGUCCUUUAAAAAAAGUCACAACAAAGUUAUUAUUGUUAAGAAGAUUGAAUAUUAGCUGUGGUUGAGUAAUACAAAACUAUCGAGUGAAUUACAUAAAAAAACUUUAAAAAGGGGGUAAACCCUAAAAAAACAAUUAAUAUUUUUAAUAUAUCAAACCUUUGGGGAAACAGUGAAACAAAUGCAAAUUUUUCACAAAUUUAGUUAUCAACACUACGAUAUUACUAAUACUCGUCUUUUUCUGGGGACCCAAAAGUCAGUAUUGCAACUUUUCCUGUAUUUAACUGAAAUAUUACAUUUAUUUUUUAUAAAUAUAAAACCAAAUGAACUUUAUUGAUAAAUAAGUAAAACUUUAUUGAUUUAUAUAAAACCAAAUAAACAAUAAAUGCAAAUAAAUAAAAAAAAACUAUCACUGUCAUUGAAAAUUGGAAACGUCAAAAUUCAUAAGCUAUCAAAGACAUUCGAUAUUGUUUAUCUUUGUUUAACGUAUUGUAAUGUCUAUGGAAAAGCGGCUUAAUUUUGCGAUACUAGUUUCUGUGAGUUAAAAAGAGACCUAGUAUAAAAAGUAAAUCGUGAAUAAUUUCGUGCAUGGGAAAAGUUGUACUGGGAGUGGAAGUACUAUAUAUAUUUUUUUGAUUGCUAAUACCACACACCCAACGAUACAAGGUAAAGAGUAGUAUCGAGAAUUAUUCACAAGAAUUGAUGCUCAAUAACAAAAUUUUAUUUGUUGUUUUAGAAACGUUUUUACCGGUCUUGAUAUAGACUGUGGCCUUGUAUGUAAUGCCUUUUAGAGAAAUGUAUAUACAAAGAUUAUGUAUUGGUUUGUAUUAUAUUUUAAUUGACGACAAAAUGAAGUAGAUUAGCUAUUACACAUAAUAUACUGCGAGGCAAAAAGUGUAAGUGAUAUCCGCAGGUCGUAUUAAUUUGUAACAGAAUCUUAUGUGAGGUUGGUUUAAAAAUUAAUUUUUUGUUUACCUUGAAGAAGCUAAUUUGUAUGAGUUUUUGCUCAGUUUUUAGGUACCGAGAUAUUUUCAAUAAAAAACAAUGUGAGUUUUAAAUGCAAUCCUGACAUAUGUGAAGAGGACAUAAAAGUCGAGAAAAAUUUGUGAUAAAAAAGAAUGUGUGUGUACUUUGUACGCACGUAAGAAGUUAUACUAUAGAACAGAGUAAAACACACACAAACACAUUGAAAAAUGCCACAAAUGAUUUCUGAACAAUAAUUGUUGGAAAAAUUUUAAUUAAAUACGUAUUUUCUUAAAAAAAAUUAUAUAAUAAUAUACUUACAAUCAUAAAAUGUAUAAAAAAAAAUAAAAAAAAUAAAAGUUUGUAUUGGGGAUUGAACCCACGUGCAUUGUGUUCAAGUUCCAGCACCUUUGGAUAUCGGCUGCGGGGACAUAUGCAUUAUACUGGAAGAUAGAGCAACUGAACAACUUGACACUUCCGAAUUUAACCAGAUUAGUUUGAUGUCUACGGAAUUCAAAUAUUACAACACAACAAAACAGAGCAAAAAAACAAUUAGAUGAAUAUUUUUAGAAAUUUUGUUGGUUAGGUAGGUAGGUUUAGUUUACGUACAUACUAGUUAGGUUUAUUUUACAUUUUCCAAAUAGGUUAUGUACUUUUUUAUUGCGAUACUGAAACAUUUACAAUUAUUAUUACGUACCUGUUGCUUUUAAAAACUAUUUAAAAGUCACUACAAUUAUAAACUUUUUUGUUUCUGUCCUCACAACAAUAAAACUAAUAUAUUAUACAUUUGUUUACUUCCAUAUUGAACAAUUAUUAUUGGCAGAUCAUUUCAACACACAAUCAGAGCCCGUAUAACGACUAUUACCAUACUGUCGGUGUGCGCAUGCGCGCAGAUUAAUAAUAAAUAAUCACCCUCAAUCGUGCCUAAAGAAGUAUAACUUCAAAAAGAAACACAUCGGAUGAAUUACUUUUUCAUAUUCUUCUUUAUGUUCCUCUAUUAUCGGAGAUUGAAUAUCAUCCAGGCUAUACUAAUUUCGUCUAAAGCUGUUCUAAAUAUGUAGUUCCCUUGUGAAGCAACCAAACUUGAGUUUCUCAUCCAGGAAAUUCUACAACCUGGAUUUCUUCGAUGAUGGUAACUGAAGAAUAAUACUAGUUCUAUACAAGAAAGAAUGUCAAAUAGAUUUUAAAAAUCAAAAUAUGUUGAUACUUUCGUAAUCUUAUAACAGUACAAGCAGAUUGUAGAUAAAGAAGUAGUUUGGCUUCUGAUGACCUCUCUACAUUGUUUCACACUACAUCUAUGUUUGUGAUUUUCUGCUAUCGAGAGCUUGAUAAGCCAGGGAGUCGAUAUGAAUAGCUUCGCAUGCUGUGAGAAGGCUAAUGAAACCUUAAACUGAACAUGAAGAACCCUUUCUUCAGGCAAGAUCUCAUGUCUGUCAGAAACAAACAGGGAAAUAUUUAUUUAUGUACCAAGUCAGUAAAGUGACUCUUUAUCGAACGAGUCUGAUAUUGUGAGCCGAGCGAGCGUAGCGAGCAAGGCGAAUAACAGACGAGUUCGACAAAGAGUUUUUACUGACGUGGUGCAUACAAAAUUUUAUCGCCAAUUAUAAAAAACAUUAACACUUACUUAAUUAUAUCCUUCUAAUGAAAAAAGAGUGUGUGUACUUAGUCCUUAUAAUAGUCAGUAUGUCAAUAACCAUUAAUAUUAAACAAAAAAGUUUUCCUUACGGGGGAUUCGAACCAAGUACUGACACGUCCGUAACUAGAUACACAUACCGCUAGCCAACGCAACCACUUGCUAGACACGGCCGAUAACUGUGGCCGAUAUUAGAUAUAAAAAGAACAAAUAGGAAAGUAAAAAUGUAAAGAAAAUAAUUGACAUCAAAUGAAAAGACAUACAUAAAUCAUGGUAGAUUCAAGGAUAUGAAAAAGAACUUUACGUACAAUAUAAUAUGUAGGUAAUAGUAAUUUUAUUUUUGUUGAAUUACCUUCAUCAUUAAAAAUAAUCGUUAUCAGGUGCAUUUAAUAAGAAAUUUAGCACUUUUUCUUGCGGCAGGGUUUUUGAUUUUUUGGGAAUGUAAUUCCUUCCUUUUUGUUUCAAAAAAGCUGUAAGUUUUUUUAUAAUUGCUUAUAUCUAUGUCUUUAUUUGUGGUCAGAGUUGUCUUUAACAUUGAAUAAUAGGACCACAUAGUCGAUGGAGAAUAUUCUUUAGACAAUUCAGAGAAAUAUGCUAGUAAAACACUUUCACUAUAAUUUGUGAUACAAUUUUUUUCACGCCAUGCUUCAAAUAUGUCAUAUUGCCUAUUGUAUUUUUCGAUGGAUUUUGCUGGGAGAAGCUCUGAAACUGCCUUUAACGAUUUCUUGUGUAUUUCAGGUGGCGUCCAUGUAAUUUCUUCCAUUUCCAAAGCAGCACUACUGUACUAUAAUUUGAUAUUCGUUUUAACACUUUUAUUACAAUAAAUACAAUUUUCAAUUUAAAUUUUUUAAAUAUGACAGUGAUGACAGGUGACUUCUGCAUGCCGCUUUCGAUUUUUAAUCGAUAGAUAGUUAUCAAUAUUGAAUAAUUACUAAAUCGGUAAACUUGUGAUUAAUUUUAUAUGAAUAUAAUUGCAAAAUACUACAGAAUUUCACUUUUUGGCAUAAAUUUAAUUAAUAAUAACGUAAAUUGUGUACAAUAUUUUCAAUAAUUAAAGUAAAUAAAUUUUAAGUUCACUCAAAUAAAUAAUCGAUUACUGCCAUAGACCACUUACAUUCAAUCUCGGUUAAUUUGAUUAUUCGCGGCAGGUAAAGUAAAAUUCUUCUUUCAGUAUAAUAAAGUGUUACUUUACUGCCGCAAAUGGCGUCAAAUGAGUACAAUAAUGAAUGACUUUAGUGACGGUUGGCGAUGAAUAUAUUUAUAUAGCACAACAUCUUUGAACUGUUAGAUCUUAGACUAUAACCUGUUAUUUGCCCGCCAAAUAUUUAAAUACUUACUCUACUUCAUUUUGUCGUCAAUAGAGACAAAAUAUUUAAUUGUUGAAGUACUUCAGGCCGAUUUUUUUGAAUAAAAAUGCAGAUCUGCAAAGUACGUUGAUUUAAAAUUACUCAGAGCCAUUUUUUUUAUAAUUAGUCUCUCAUAAAAAAUUUUGAGCAAGUACAUUCCAUUUUUUAUUUGAAAGAAUUGGUUUUGAAACAUUAACAGUGCCUUGUUUGGAUAUUAAUUGUGAAGCCUUUUUAAAUGUAUUUGUUGCGAAAUUCUCAAGCACUUCUAGAUUAAAGAAAAAAUGUUUAGGAUUGUAAUCGAUGUUUUAAGCGUCAAUUAAGUGGUUUAGAAGUAGGCUAACACAAAGGUCUUUAAUUUUUAAGUGAUGUAUAUAUUGUGUUAUAAAAACCAUCAAACAUUAAACUGUAGUUUUGAGAAUACGAAUCUGCAGAAUUUCCUGUUUUAAAUAACGUAUAUUUAUUAACAUUACUUAUCAUUUAUGAGGUACACAAUAAUCCGGGUUAAAGAUUAUUGGGACCGUGCAAGUUCGCCAAAGCGACACCUGGUUUCUACGCUCUGCAACUUUAUUCGCAUUUUAAUUAUAUUGGCCAAAUAUAUUAGUCCUGGUUACUGGAUAAUUGUCAAGGUCAUAGUCCAAAAAAAUAAUAAGAAAAAAUAAUAUUCAGGUUAUGUUAUUAAAACGUAAACAAUUGUAUGUAGUAAAUAAAAUUAGUUAUUAAAAUGUAGUACUGCAAGUAAAAUGCAAUUAAUUAAAUUUACCUUUAUAUAAUAAUUGCAUAUCAUAUCAAUAUUGUGGAGCAAUAUAUAAUUUUUCUUCUUCAAUGACAGUAAGUAUGAAAUAUACGUCAAUUUGACAAUUUCAAUUGACAUGAAUUAUUUAAGAAAGUUGCAAUAUUUCUCCGCUAUUCGCGCACGAUCGUUUCUCCUAUCCCUUCCAAGUACUUGCACACCGCGAAUAAUUAAAGACGGAUGCAUUAUCUCUUAGUUAACAACGUCAAUUUGUUAAUAUCGUUAAUAAUUUUUAUAAGAUCGUCUCUUUGUGAGCUAUGAGAUAAAAAGCAUCUGUGUUAACAUCUUUAUUUGAUAAACAUUUUAAUAUUAAAGUACCAAAGAAAGAAGACUGCGAAACGGGUCCGCCAGUAAUGACAAGCUCAAGUUGGUAUAUAGACGGCUCCCUAACCUAUGAAGGUACCAGGCUGGUAUAUAGCACAAGACCAAGGAGCUAAUAUGUCGGCAAGUAGAGAAUGACUCGAAUGAUGAUCACUCCGAUACUCGAGCAGCUCUAAAAGCCCUCAGUUCUAUGCAGAUUGAUUCAAAACUUGUGUGGGACUGUUUGGGUACCUUCUCCCAGGUUGGAAGACUGGGUUCCAGUGUACAAAGGCUACGUAGGCAAUGAGUAUGCUAAUAAACUGGCCAGCGAAGGUGCUUGUGCGCCAUUAAUUGGCAAGGAACUCUGUUUUGGGGUUGCGAAUACACACAAAACUGCAGCCAUUAAUAAAUAGUUGCAAAAAGGCUUUGAAAUGGUGCAGAAAUGCACCAGCAUAAAUACAGGCUAAAGAGUUAGUUCAUCAAGGAACAUCCAGCCAAUUUCGCAGCUGGUUUACUGACCCACAAUAGAAAAAUUGUCAGAGUGAUAGUGUGGCUAUUAACUAGCUUAAUAAGCAUUUGUGCCAUAUGAGCUUGACAGAAGAGGAUACUUGUCAAUUCUGUCUAAAACCGCUCUGUACGUCUUAUGUCAGAGUGAAGGCCUCACAAAAGGGUCACUCUCCAAAAUCGAUACUGUCAUUAACACGCCUAACUUCACGCGCGCAACUUUGAUACAAAAAUUAUAAAAAAAAAUAUGCAUUGACAUCCAGAUCCCGUAAUUUUUUGAGCAUUAUAAAGUGAGCAUUAUAAAGACAUACAUAAUUUUUUUUGUAAUUCCAUAUUUAAUUUACCCUGCACUUCUCGUAGACUAUUAUCGACAAGGUAGAGUUGUCACUAUUUUGGUAAUUGUCCUCACAAUUUAUACUACAAACCAUACAUACUCUAGCUAGACAUUCCACGACCAUGUUAAUCUUUCGGAUCAAAUUAACGCCAUCUCUUGAUUGGAAAGGCAACUAAAUUGACAAAUUAUAGUUACGCGGGAAUUUCAAACUAUAAAGUUUUGCGGGAUUUUUGAUGAAAUUUCGCGGGAAAUUAAAACAAUAGGCAGACAAUGGGGAACUUGCACAUUUUUUUUUAUUACAUAAUAAUGUUCAGUUUUGUAUAAAAAUGAGAUUUCCAAAAUUUCCCGCUACAAAAACUCAUAAUAACUUAGAAAUACAAAUUUAAAGUCUUCUUUAUUUUAAAGUAGUUCAGACGGCCCGUGACGUCAUAUAGUUUUACAUUAGUUUUUUAUAUGGUUAUAUCUAUGGAGACCUACACAGAGGAGAGGAAUCGAGAUAGGACGACCUUGAAAUUUUUGUACACAAUUUUGCCUGUUUGCUUGGUUUCUCGCUAGGGCGGCGGUGGCGUAGAAAUAGAUGCUACUUUUGCAUUGGAGUGAAUGUGAAAAUUUCGAAAAUAAUUAAUUAUUCGUAGUUAAUAUAAGAUUAUUGGUUUUGGUGGUUAAUAUUAUUUAAAUAUGAGUGCCAAGAAAGCUUACACUAAAAGAACUUGCUUCGUACCGGGAUUUAUAUCGAGUUAUCGUUCCGAUAAAAAAUUCAAAAGGGAACUUAACGAAGUUAAUAAAGACUUUUUAUAAAGAUUUGUCUUUAUGUUAUUUAUAACGUUCGUGGAUUAAACCUAUUCGUUUGUAUGUUAUUUCCUUCGGUGUAAAUAAAAUUUGUGCCUAUUAUUGGUUUUUAUUUUAACCUGAAAAUUAUAGUGAUAAUAGUAGGACGAUCUUGAAAGUUUUUCUGUCGAAACAAUGCAUUUUUUGAGACAAAAUAUUUCACAAAAAUUAACAUUAAUUUUAUAAAAGUCAGACUAUCGUCUGCGUAGUUUAUAGACAUAUAUUUUUAUUAACUAAAUUUAAACAUCUGAUAGGUAAGCUUUCAGAAUAUAGAUAAAUGAAGUAUUAAAAAAAAGCAGUUUAAAUUUUGAUAAAAAGAAUACCUAAUUAAAAAAAAUUGAUCAAUAAACUUCAAAUUAUUUAAAUAACUUUUUAAACUUUUUAAAAACAAUUACGUACAGUUAAGUCAAUUUUUUCAACUAACAAACUUUUUAAUAUCAGUUACAAAGAUAUUAAAAAAUUAAUUUGCCGUUGAAAUACCAUUGGUAUAUAAAUGUGGCAGUUAGAUAAUGUGACAAAAUAUUUCCGCUUCAAAAUAAGCUGUCCUACAUAUUAAAGUAAUGACAAAUUUAAAUUUGAUGUCACAUCUCCAUCUACAAUGGUAUAUAAAGAAUACACUUUUUACCACACGUCGAUAUGUUAUAAGGUUAAAAUAAUUUAUUUUUGGCAUAAAACAUAUUCAGCUACAAUCCACCAAUAAAUUAAUGUCUAAUUACGCUAAAAACAAAAAUAAAAUGAGUUAAAUAUUAAAUAAGUCCAUAAGAGCUAAUGUAUUUGUAGCACCUAUUCGAACACUUGCGCCUCUAGCGGCGAUUGCUGAAAGUUGAAUUAGAGGUUGAAAAGUUAGCCCACAAACGAUGCAUUGCGUUUCCACUCCUUCUUACAGGUCUCCAUAGUUAUAUCAGUGAUGUGGGAGGGUUAUGUAAGUAUAUUCUUCUUCUUCUUCUUUAGUUUAUUGGCCUCCACCUACUUGGGUAUUUGGCCACAGCAUCGUCGCGAAAUAUGGGAAAAUAUUUAUAUUGUAAUGACAUUUUUUUAUCGUAUGUCAUUGUAAUAAUAUAAAAAAUAUAUCAGUUUGUUGGGAUUGGAGUUUACAGUUUUUGAAGGAAAAAAGAGAAAGAUUAAUAUGGAAAAUAAAGAAAAACUUUAUAAGUAUUGUUUAGUGCCAUUCUGUACAAGUACAAGCAUCAAAACCCCAAUAAAAUAUUUAUUAGAUUACCAAGGGAUAAAAAACGCCGUUUAAAGUGGUUAUUUGCAUGUCGAAAAAAAUAUAUUUCAGAUAAUACACAAGGUCUUCAUGUAUGUCAAGAUCAUUUUAUCGUAAGUAGUCUGUUGUCUGCUUAAUAGUGUUAAAUAAAACAAGUAUAUUUUUUCAUAUUUCUGUGUUUUAUAAUAUUGCCACUAUACUUAAUAGGAAGUGUGUACCUACUAAGUUUUAUCGUUAAAUACUUAUGAGAAUAAUAAUCAGAAUAAAAUCACAGUAUAAAAUUAGUAGGUAUAAUGGGAGUAUAAUAUACAUAAUAUUAUAUGUACUUACUUAUCUGCUUUAACUCCCCGAACUUCUCCGACGGAAAAAUUUUCACUCUUUUGAAAAUAUGUUAGCCACCAUACACAUAUCAACUAUAGGUAAGUUAUCAGACUGCCCUUUACAAAAACCCUCUUCGGUCAUUUUAAAAAAUAUAUCUUAAAAACACUCAAAUAUAUCAGAAAUAGAAAUUAUCAAAUAUAUUUAUAAAACUUAGUGUCAGUGUCAAAACGAAUGCCAAACCUAUGAGGGAACUUACACAUUUUUUUAUUACGUAAUAUUAUUCAGUUUCCUUUAAAAAUAAUAUUUCCAAACUUUCACGCGGUAAAACCUCAUAAUAACUUAAAAGAUAAUUUAAAAUCUAUAUAUUUUUUUCUGUUUUCUGGCCUUGGUUUAGAAGAACCCUUAGCCAAUGUAAAAUAGUUCAAACGAUCAAAAACGCUUGUGACGUUACAUAACUGUAUUUUCUACUGACGUUUAUAAUGUCUAAUUUAAAAUUAUAUACAAUUUUGUUUACUUUGUUGGUGCAGAAUGUACAUGCACAACUAUAUGACGUCACUAUGCGUUUUGGACCACCUGUUUUAAUUUGAAUUUUUAAUCGUCUUUAGGGGCCAAACGAAAGACAAACAAAACUUUUUUAUCUUUGAUAUAUGUUUUAAAUUAUGUUCUGUUGUGAUUUAUAACAUUUUUUUCGAAUUUAAAAAUUUAUGCAAGUUCCCUAUUAUGUUUUAUUCAAUAAUUGUACUAUAACUUAAAAUUACCUUUAAAGUUCCAUCUACAUAAAAAAUAUUAAAAGUCUUAAGUUCUGUCUAAAGUUGUGGUAGUAGGUAGCGUUGUAAUCGGGGUUGAAAUACCAAUAUAAACAAAAAUCAUAGUUUUACUGAAAACCUCAAAUAUUCCAAUUUGUUUUCAAAAUGCUAAACACUACUGCUAUGUGUCAUGUGAAAGCACUGUUUUUGUAAUAAAUUAAUGUUUAAUAUUUACCCCUUCAACAUUCGUUUAAUAUUUAGUUGAAUGAAAAUUUUUGAAAGAAUAUUUUGUAGGAAGAUUUUUUAGAUAAACACCUUAUAAUCUUUUACAAUUUUCCGAAAAAUAUAUAGGCCCGAAAUGUUGAUGACACACUCGUCUAUUGGAAUAAACUGUUUUAGGAUCCAUUAUAUUGUUUUUUUACAAUAUAAUGUAGAGAAACACAGCACGGGAUAAUCCAACGCUUAGUGUAAACUAAAAAUUUUACUCAUAAAAACGGAGAGAAGGUUAAUAAAAUUGAUUAAAAUUGUGAUUAAAUCUGAUUUAAAACAUAACACCGCUAUAAUAAUUAAACCACAAGUUGUAAAGUAAAUACAAAAAUAACCCAUUAAUUUAAUUGUCAAUUGUUAAAUGUGACAAGAAAAUUGUCUGAAGGCGACAUCUCUGGAUUGGAACGGCAACUAAUUUGCUGUCAUCCUUGACCAUGUACGUGAAAGGUCUAGAGUAGGGAUGGGCAAAAGCCGGCCAGUGGGCCGGAUCCGGCCCUUUUGCGUACUUUAUCCGGCCCGUUGAAAAAUUCUUCCUCGUCAAACUUCUUUGUCUAAAUUCUUUAAAAUGAUAUUUAUAGCAUUUUUGUCAAAAAAAUUCCUUGGGCAGUGGGGGAAAACUGUACCAAAAGAUUGGGGGGUGCACAGCGUACGUUCACCGUAUAGUCUUCCGGCCCGGGAGACAUUUUGAAAAUGUCAUUUUCAAAAUGUCAUACCCUGGUCUAGAGUACGUAUGGUUUGUGCUUUAUACGAUAAAUAUCUAUUUAUUAGUUAGUGUCAACCUAUCCCCGGCCCCGUUUAUAAGUCAUGAGAUAUUUCUAAACUUACAAAAAUUAAAUUAAAAAGAAUCAUCUGUUUUCAAUGUUGUCUAUCGUAAAGAAUAUGGUAUAGACUUUUACGUAGUCUAAACUUUUCGUUUUCUACGUGUUCUAAACAUAGUUUAAUGUUUGGUGGUAUAUUGGAAGUUUUGUCAAAUAUCUAAGAGCAAUAAAUUAAAAAAAAAUGUGUACCUCCAAAAGCAGCUGUGUUUCGCCCUAAUAUUUUACAGGAAUUGAUUACAACUAAUCUUAUAGUAAGGAAUACUGCUGGUUUUGGCGAUAAUACAAUUAUUCGUUACAGUUUUUUAUAUACAGGGAAAUUUAAAACAUUUACUAAUAUUUAUUUAGAGUUGAAUUUUUAUUUCUACACUGCUAAUUUAUUUUGCACGAUUUAAUCUAUAUUUAUUGAUAUUUUUUUGUGUAAUUUAGUGCCAGCUAAAUCUAUAUCGGAUAUCCUAUUAAUAAUUUGAUCCUUUCUGGUUCUCUUUAAGGAGUGUAGGCUUUCGAGACCCCGGUUUUUAAGUGUAGAUUGUAUUCUCAGUAUGUACUUUAGGACUUGGUGUGGAAUUGUUUCUUACUGCCUGUCCGUGUGGAACUGCGGCAGUUUUUAAUAAAGGUAGUGCGCCAUCUAUUGUUCACUGAUGUGAAAACAGUGUACCGGUUGUACUUAUCUUAAUACAAGACCGUUAUUUGAUGAGGAACCCGUGUACAAUGUGCAUCUUAAGGUAUAAAUUGAUAGGGAGAUACAUACGCAGGAUAUACUCAGAAAAAUCUGUGAACACGCAUACACUUUAUGGUAAACGACCUAGAGAUAAAAGUUAAAAAGUUCUGAAAAUAAUAGGAACAAUUACCGAGUUAUGUUUAUGAGAAGUAGGGUCCUUUUUCAGCCCCUGGAUGGGGCUGGAAAAUUGAGUCUCCUGGAUGGAUAAUCACAAAUCAAACAGUGCUAAAAAGACUGAAUAUUGAACUUGAAAUUAUAUUUACUAUAAAGAAGAGAAAACUUGAUAAACCACAAAAUCCAAUCCCUUAUCUCUUCAAAAGAUGUAUUAAUCUCCAAAGUAAACAAAAUGGUAUAUAAUUUUAUAUGAGACAAGAGAGAUGUCAUUACAAAAUAUUAUGAUAUGACGUCACAAGGAUUCGCGCGUUUUUUGAUCGUUUUAAAUGAUUUAAAUACAGUCAAUAUCCUAACCAUGAUACUUUAAAUAAAGUAUUAUUUAUAGUAUCAUGAUCCUAACCAUACACACAUGCAAAUUAUGACAUUUGAAAUAAUUUAUUUGGCUGUAUGCUAGAAGGAAAGGGACCACAGGAAAAUAGAGAAUACUUAAUUCUAAGAAAAAUAAAACUUUUGUCCUGAAGUUCUUCACGACAAAUGGUGUGAGAUUGGUAGGCACAGCUGCUUUGCCCAGUCUACUGGACUUUCGCAGUUCUAUGUUCAUACAAUGUUGAAAGAACAUUGAUGUAUUAUAAUUAAUUUCAAAUAUUCCGGCAUUGAGAGUUUUUUUGGGCUCGAACUUCGUACCCACUUCAUGAAACGAGGUACCUUCAUUAAAAGUUUCUGAAGUUCUUCACGAUAAAUGGUGUGACAUUGGUAAGCACACUAGCAUUACCAAGUCUACUGGGCUUUCACAGUUCUAUGUUCAUACCAUGUUGAAGGAACAUUGAUAUAUUAUAAUGAAUUUCAAAUUUUCCGCCAUUGAAAGUUUUUUUUGGCUCGAACUUCGUACGUACUUCAUGAAACAAGGCGGUACAAUUAUCCUUCAUUCAAAUUUUGAAAUGAAAUCAAUACCCAAUAGAUGAUUUUCCAUUUUUUCUACUUACAUAGUAAAAAUUGAUGUAAUAUCUUUUCAAUAUCAUAUUAGUAAUACUUAAAACAUUUUUUUCUCUAAGUAUACUUGUAAUAGGAUAUCCGAUAUCUGCGAAACUUUUUUUUAGAUAAUUUAAUUGUAGCUGCCAUAUCUUAUCAGAUAUUUUUAUUUAAACACUUGAUAACUGGAAGCAAAAGGAAUUUGACUGAAAAUGAAAGAUGCAAAAUAAAAUCACGAUCUAAUUGGGCAGUCCUGCUAUAGUCGGGAACGGUCUGUAUGACACGAUUCGUAUUGUACAAGACAAAACUAUACGGAAAUCAUAUCAAAAUUCAAAAUGGCGAGUCUUAUAUGGACAAUCAAGAAUGUUAUUCAUCCACUACGUGAGUGGAGAUCUCCCAAAAUGAUCACGCAGUAUUCGAAGAGACUCCCUGGCGGUGUGACAGGUUGCCCUGUCCUGCUGAAACCAUUGUUGGUUUUAAGCUUGGGCCGUUUUCGCGAAUUUUUCCGUAUGACGGAAAAUAGCACUCCACGAUAAAUUUUUUUUCUGCAAAACUGAACCACGAACCUGAACAUUAACACGACAUUCACAUACGUUAUAACGAAGUUCGGAAACCACUUAGUACGUUUCGGUGCAUGACACAUACAAAUUUGAGGCAUACGCAUUUCAGUACUUUUUAUUUUGUCGCAUACCGUAUAUUCUACUUACUAUUUAAUAAUUUUUUCCACCUACCUCUACCGAAAGUAUACUUUUCCGGACCUGAUUGUAGGAAGCAAAGUUGUACUUUUCCUCCCUAGGGAGGAAAAGUAAAAGUGACGUCAUGGUAUUUCAUUCAUGAAAUAUAACUUAUUAACGCCCUGUACAAUAUCUAUUUUCUAUUAUGUAAGUAUCUAUACAUUUUAACGUUUAUUUAUAAAACACCGUGUAUUUUGCAGAAUGGUAAAAAACAGUAAAUUGUUAUUUUGAUUUAACAAUGUUUACAAUAAUAAUUUGACUUAUAUUUGACAGUUGACAGUUAUAUUGUACCUACUUGUCAGUUUUAGUUUUAAUAAAUUUUGUUGGUUAGCUACAUAAAUAAAUUAAGUAAAAAUGAAGAAAUUACUUGUUAUUUGAGGAAGGUGGAAAAACCAUAUGUAUAACAUGGGAGUAAAGUGCCUUUUCCUCCCUUGAAUGAUUACUGCCCUCCGCUACGCGUCGGGCAGUAAACUUCAUUCUCGGGAGGAAAAGUAGCACUUUCCUCCCUUGUUAUACAAAUAGCUAUUACCGGAGUAAUGGAUUUAAACGAAAAACUACAUUUUUGCCAGCUCUAUUUUUAUCAGCUCAGCUUCGUUUGACUUACCGAAAAAAAGGUUAGAUGCUGAAUAAGUGACGGCUUAUAGCGCGGUUGCCGUAACUAAUGUGUGGCUUUCAGAGAUUUUCAGUUACUUAACGUAUUUUUUAUAUUGCAUGUGGAAUAGGAAAAGUGUAAAGUGUUGCUACAAAAAGAAAGUAAAAUAUUUUAUUCAAGUGGACGCUAGUUUUGUUAUUUCCGUUUAUAUAUUUUUGAAGAAAUUAACUGAACAGUUCAACACCUUGUAUAUCACUACAUAGGGUGUAAGUCCAGUUGAAAUAAUAUUCAUUCUUUAUUAAGGGUCGUAUAUUUGCAGUUCAAAUUUGUGCUGAAAACGGGCAUCUUUCAUUUUCAGUUUUUUAUUAAAUAUGUAUUUAUAAUUUUAUAUCUUAAACAACACUAAGAGUUUUAGAUUAAAUUAAAAAAAAACGUUAAAAAUAAUAUACUACUUGUUGGAGGGUCCUUUGCACCCUAAUAAUAAUUAUACUUUAUAGUCAACUUAACAAAUUGAAAUUGAAAAAUUAUACUUAGACUGCUAAUAUUGGACUAUAAGCUGCAAUAAUUAGUAAAUAUAUGACAUAAGUGUAAGCUAGUUAAUAAUUUCAAUUGCGAAGAAUAUUCCUUUGAAAUUCUUUAACAUUUUUGGCCGCCAUUUUAAACAUACAAGAGUUGUCGCCCAUUUUUUCAUAUUUUAUUAUCUAUGCUACAUAAAUGUAACUUUUUAAUCAGCUUUAACACGGUUAAGUCUCAGCGUACCUCCGUAUCUUAGCUUGAAAAAUAAGAGUAAGGUAGAAUUAAAUCAACCAUGUGUGGUAAGUAAGGAUCAAUACUAACAUAAGACUUGCAGAUGAUACCGCAAUCAUAGCAGAGAGUAUAGACGAUUUACAAAUUCUCCUAGAUAUCAUUAACAGAGGAAACAAAAAGAUAGAACUAACACUGAAUAUAAAUAAAACCAAAUUCAUGGUGAUCUCAAAAAACCCCGUUGACAACAUACACCUGACAUUUGAGGGUAAACCUAUAGAGAGGGUCGACAAGUAUAAAUACCACGGAGCAAUUAUAAACUCACAAUUAGAUAUCAAGAUGAGGAGAUAAAGAUCAGAAUAGAAAUAGCUCGGAAAGUAUUUAUAAAAUACAAGUCAAUGUUUACAAAUAAGAAAUUGAGUAUGGACAUUAGAUUGAGGUUCGUCGAAUGUUAUGUCUGGUCGCAACUACUAUAUGGGGCAGAAGCUUGGACUCUAAAAGCCCAAUCCGUAAAAAAAUUGGACGCAUUGGACAUGGCAGAAAACUUAUGAACACAAUUAAAGUAAGAAAAACAUCGUUUCUGGGCCACAUACUUCGUAACGAUAAAUACUCUCUGCUACACGUCAUGAUACAAGGAAAAGUAGAGGGGAAAAAGGCUUGGGAAGAAAUCUUGGCUGAGGAAUAUCAGAGAUUAGACUAACCUCAGUGUUGAACAGAUAUUUCACUUUGCAAAAGACAAAGAAGCGUUUAAAAAAGUGAUCGCCAACCUUCGUUAGAAGGCGGCACACGAAGAAGAAGAAGAAGUGGUAAGUAUGUGAAAAUUUAAAUAUCAUCACAUAGACCGUGCAACUACAACUUUUUUUAAUUGUAUGGUCAACAUCUGAUUUCAAAUGGUCUUAAGUCAGGAGAAGCUCCUGGCUAUGGAAUGCUUGCGAUCUCGCUUUCGCCCUACUAAGUCCUUGAAUAUCAAAUACAGUUUUCCAGUCAAAUACAAAAUCAAUGUCCACCCAGGUAGGAGGAUAAAUGAAUGGACAAAAAUAAGCAUGGCCGAAAUACGACUCAUCUUGAUUUACCAGACUGUAUAAUUUUGGAUUUCCUUAUCAACAACAAUCGACUACAGGCAAAGAUAAAUGGAAAACUAACACAGUUUAUACCAGUACAAAAGCGGAGUCAGACAAGGUGACUCGUUAAGCCCACUGCUCUUUAAUUAUAAUAAUGGACGAAAUAAUAGAAGAAGUACGCAAAUGUCAUGUCAUGAUUACAGAAUGGCGAACAAAGAAAUCCAAAUAUUAUGUUAUGUACACUUCGGAAGAAGUCGAGACGUCAAUAAAUUUCAUUUUUAACUUAAAUUGUGGCUUAUUUCCCAAUUAAACAGUAAAUUGCAUAAGAUGCCACAAAGAAAUAGCUUCAGAACAAUAUUAAAAUUUAUAAAACAAUCAUACGACCAAUAGCGUCAACAUAUGGCGUAGAACCAAGGUUCAUGUGGUAGAAAAGACAAUAAACCUUAUUGAUAUUAAUGAUAUUAAGAAGGAUAUUGGGGCACAUUUGUUACAAGUAUAUGGAGAAUAAAGUUCCACCAUGAGUUAUACCAAUAUUAAAAAGACCUCUAUAGCAUAUUAUGCAAAAAUAUCAAGAUUGCGCUGGGCAGGUCACCUUAUAAGAAUGGAUAAUGACAGAACACCUAGUAGAAUGCUUAGCGAAACUGUGGUGGGACGUCCGAAUCCGAAUUAGAAUAGAAAAGGCUAGAAUUGAUAUGAAACAAAUAUUAUGUAGUAGAGACCUCAACCUAAAUCUUAGAAAGCGAGUAUUAAAAUGUUAUGUAUUUUCUGUUCUUUUGUAUGGUGUGGAGACAUGGACUCUUAAUAAACAAUGCCUCAAUAGAUUGGAAGCGUUCGCAAUGUGGACAUAUCGAAGAAUGCUGAGAAUCUCCUGGACAGACAGAAUAACCCAUGAGGAAGUUCUAAGAAGAAUACAGAACAGCAGGGAGAUACUGGAUUCCAUGAAAAUAAGAAAACUUCAAUACUUGGGUCAUGUAACACGUGGUGACAGAUAUGAAUUCCUGAAAUUAAUUAUGCAGGGAAAAAUUCAAGGAAGGCGCAGCAUAGGUAGGAGUAAAAUGUCCUGGCUGAGAAAUCUCAGAGAAUGGUCUGGAUGCAGCUCAACUGAACUCUUUCGGGCUGUAGUGUCAAAAGUUAGAAUAGCAAUGAUGGUUGCCAACAUGAGUUGCGGAGAUGGCACGUAAAGAAGAAGAAGGUGCGACGUCGGCCAUAAGGAAGACCAAGGAAGAGGUGCGUAGACAGAAGCGAGAACCGAUACUAAAGAGAUAAUAUUGAGGCUGCAUAACUGGAGCCGGAUGCUGGUGGAGGUCAGGGCCCCAUUUGGGCUGUAGCGCCAUAGGAGAGAGAGUGACCGGUGUGUGUGUCUCAAUGGGUCUCAACAAUGACAAGCUGCAACGACACAAUACACCCAGUGUUCACGUGUUUGAAACACGUGUCAUAUGUCAAAAUAAACCCUUAAAAUUGAUAUUUUCUUCAGAGAACUUCCAAAUAUCCGUUUUUUAAUUUCAUGUACGGAGCGAAUAGAUAAUACCGGGUGGAAAAAUUCGCGACAACCCUACAGAAUUUAAUAAACAACGUGUUUCAUCUGCGUAACACAAACUAUGUUAUUGUAAUUAUAAAUUGUUGAAAAUAUUUUAGGUAAACCGAUAUUUGCGCCGGUUCAGCGUUUGCUAUGACCGUAUUUUAAAAAGAAACGAUUCAGCAUCGUUUCAAAAGUGUGAAAACUUCUUUAUGUUGUGUUGUUUUUAUAUUUGUGAUUCAUCCUGUACGCCGGUACUCUUUUUUUGUACUCUUUUAUUAAAUGUUGUUUGUUGUGUGGGUCUUUUUGUCUUAAAUUAUUUUUUAAGAUUACUAAAGACUGUAUUGAAAUAUAUUCUAACACUAAAGCAAUACUAUUGUAUUAUCUAACAUACAUUAUGUUUGCUGGUAAUGGUUUUUAUUAUUUAUAAUAAAUAAUUUAUAUGUUGUUUGUAACUGAGUUAACUAGAAAAAUAUACAAACACAAAUAUUUACCAA